UUUGAGCGACAUAAGAAGUUUGUUGGUGACUACAUACUUUAUUAUGGAGGAAAGAUGGCUGACCUCAAACGUGAUGUAGCUAAAGACAAAACAGAUCUGGAUGUGCUGCGUGAGAAUCACCGGUUCCUCUGGAGGGACGAGGACGAGGACGACUUGACAUGGGAGCAAGAACUCGCCAAGAAGUAUUAUGACAAGCUGUUUAAAGAGUACUGCAUAGCGGAUCUCAGCAGAUACAAGGAAAAUAAGUUUGGAUUUCGUUGGCGGACUGAGAGUGAGGUCGUCUCUGGCAAAGGUCAGUUCCAGUGUGGAAACAAACGCUGUGAGAAGGAGGAAGGCCUGAAAAGCUGGGAGGUGAAUUUUGCUUAUGUGGAACACAGCGAGAAGAGGAACGCGUUGGUCAAACUCAGACUCUGCCCCGAGUGCUCUUUCAAACUCAACUACCAUCACAAGAGAAAAGAAGUGAAAGCAAAGACAAAGACGGAACGAGUAUCAGAGGAGAACCAGGAGCCGCCGCUGAAGAAGAGUAGGAAGAGGAAGAGGUCGUCUUCACAUUCCAAGAAGCACAAAAACAAGAGGCGCAGAGGUAGAGAUCGCUCUGCCUCUUCCAGUAGCUCAGAGGAGGCAAAGAACUCGGACAAAGACUCUGAAGCUGAGGACGGGGACCAAUCGGACGCUGUCCACUGGCGAGGACCCGCCCCUGCGGUGGAAGAAAAGUCAAGGGAGGAGGAGUUUGACGAGUACUUUGAAGACAUGUUUCUUUGACUCGGAUGUUAUCGGCGGCCUCCCUGCUGUGACUGCACUUCCUCCUGCACCCCGCUCUGUUCCCUCGUGUCUGCAAGUAGCUUUAUUUGGCUCCAUGUUUCGAAACCCCUACAGGAAUAAACACAAUGUUUACACUGUA